AUGACAAUGCAUUAUGAUAUUCUUGCUUCUUGGGAAAAACUCAAUGCAUAUGAAAGCCAACAAUGCAUAUGCAAGCCAAGACCAGCUAAAGAACUAACAGGAGUGUCAACAGGAGUGCUGAUUUACCAACAGCCUAUCAUGUACUUAAAAGAUGCAAAUAAAAAAAAAAAAAAAAAAAAAAAAAAAAAAAAAAAAAAAAAAAAAAAAAAAAAAAAAAAAAAAAAAAAAAAAAAAAAAAAAAAAAAAAAAAAAAAAAAAAAAAAAAAAAAAAAAAAAAAAAAAAAAAAAAAAAAAAAAAAAAAAAAAAAAAAAAAAAAAAAAAAAAAAAAAAAAAAAAAAAAAAAAAAAAAAAAAAAAAAAAAAAAAAAAAAAAAAAAAAAAAAAAAAAAAAAAAAAAAAAAAAAAAAAAAAAAAAAAAAAAAAAAAAAAAAAAAAAAAAAAAAAAAAAAAAAAAAAAAAAAAAAAAAAAAAAAAAAAAAAAAAAAAAAAAAAAAAAAAAAAAAAAAAAAAAAAAAAAAAAAAAAAAAAAAAAAAAAAAAAAAAAAAAAAAAAAAAAAAAAAAAAAAAAAAAAAAAAAAAAAAAAAAAAAAAAAAAAAAAAAAAAAAAAAAAAAAAAAAAAAAAAAAAAAAAAAAAAAAAAAAAAAAAAAAAAAAAAAAAAAAAAAAAAAAAAAAAAAAAAAAAAAAAAAAAAAAAAAAAAAAAAAAAAAAAAAAAAAAAAAAAAAAAAAAAAAAAAAAAAAAAAAAAAAAAAAAAAAAAAAAAAAAAAAAAAAAAAAAAAAAAAAAAAAAAAAAAAAAAAAAAAAAAAAAAAAAAAAAAAAAAAAAAAAAAAAAAAAAAAAAAAAAAAAAAAAAAAAAAAAAAAAAAAAAAAAAAAAAAAAAAAAAAAAAAAAAAAAAAAAAAAAAAAAAAAAAAAAAAAAAAAAAAAAAAAAAAAAAAAAAAAAAAAAAAAAAAAAAAAAAAAAAAAAAAAAAAAAAAAAAAA